CUAGAACUGCAACUUGUGUGCGUUGUACAGGUGUUCUGUGGUUGUACCGUUGUACUACAGAACACCUUCCAGUACUAGUGUGUGCUACAAUGCCUCCGUGGUGUGUACUAGCCAUGGGUGAUAUUUAUUGUUGUUUACGACAAUUUGCGGAAACACAGUCUAGCUAUCUCUUUCUGCGAAGACAUUUUUCUCUCUGUGGUCAUGAGAAAGCAAAGCCUGGUGUAUUUUUGCACAAACUUCUCGACAAAUCAAAGAAACGACACCCCCAGCAGUAUAUAUAUGUGCUGCCCAACUCGGCUGUACCAUCAACACCCAAAAAGGUGCAGGAGCACACGAGGAGGCAGCGAGUGCUGAACACUGUGUUCAUGGAAAGUCUGUCAAAUAUUAUGGUUACAGGGACCAUAAGUGACGAACUGAAAGGUUUCGCCGUUGAACUUACACAGGUUCGUGUAUCUUUUGACUGUACCCACUUGAAUGUGUAUUGGGUAACUGCACUUAAGGAGCCUGGUGUGGAUGAAAAGAUUGCUGAAAUUCUCCAUUCAAAUGCUGGCUACCUUAAGUCGGAAUUGAUCAAGAAUGGCUUUAUUGGCAAGGCACCAAAAAUUACUUUUGUGAAAGAUGUUACAUAUGGAAGAGCUUCCGAGGUGGAAGCCCUUAUUGACAAAGUUUGUUCCGACAUGCCACUUGAUUUGGACAACCUUACUCUUUCAGACGAGCAAGCGUCCAUUGAUGAAGAAACAAGCACUGUAGAUGGCUCGCAAACUGGGCCCUUUGUUCCUCCUGAAAUGAAGAUGAAUAUUUAUGGAUUGGACCGUGCAGCCCUCAUGAGGCAGGUCCUGCUCAAAAGCAAAGGGCAGAGUAAAGCUCCUUUAGAAGAACUGGUGCCACUGAGGCCUGGUACCCAUAACUCGGAGGAGGCACAGGCCAGAAUGAUGAACCUUGCAGAAUAUGUGCGACAGAGGAAGCGAAAAAGCAACUUGCAGACUAAGGCUGAGAGAGAGGCCCAGAGGAACUUACAAAGUGUGCAACUGAGUCCAUGCGAAGAGCAUUUGUCAUCUGCUACGCCAGAACCAUUGGUGGAGCCUGACGACACGUAUGAUGAAGACGAGCACAGUAAUGUGUCAUUUUUAAAAGAGCAUUAAAAUAGUUUGAAAGAAACA